AUGGCUUUACGUUCCAACUAUGACAAUAGUCGUACGUCUUUUCCACUAUAUUUUGGUCGACAAAUAAAAUUUGGUGAUGCUGCUUCUACGCCAUUGAAAAUGAUCAAAUUGAAAGUUGAACAACAAGUAAAUGCAUCAUUUCCGCUCAUACAUCAAGUGGCAACAACGAUGACAUUUAAAAAUGAUCAUAAUCGAGUAUUAGAAGGAGCUUUGGAAUUUACUCUACCGGCGACAGCAACAAUAUGCGGUUUUGGUCUCGAUGUUGAUGGUGCCAUUGUCGAUGGUGUUGUCGUUGAAAAAGAAAAAGCUCGUGUUACAUUUGAAAAGGAAGUUCGAAAAGGUGUUGAUCCUGGUCUAGUCGAGAUGGUUAAAGGAAAUAUAUUUCGCACAAGAGUUUAUCCAAUGCCACCUGGAGGCAUACGAAUCGUGCGUGUCAUUUAUCAAGAUCAAGCACAAAUGGAAAACGAUUGUUUUCUGUUUCAUAUUCCUAUCGAUUUUAAUACUAUUCUCGAAAAUUUGGAUAUGUCAUUGGUUUGUAUACAUGCAUCAAACGAUGAUCAACCAAAAUUUGUUUCGAACGUUAAAUUUCAACAACCUUUUGUGAAUUCAAAUGGAAGAUAUUGUUCCGAAAUUCACCAAACCAAUGUUCAACCGAUGAAAGAUGAACAGUGUAUUACGUACAAACUAAAAAACCUAACACCUGGACAACCUAUUCAUAGCGUAGAGAUCGAUCCUGAUGAUCGUAGUCAAGCCUACUUUGCUCUUAGCUAUAUACCACCAUUAUCUCAAUCUAGUAGUACAGUACCUAAUAAUCAGAAGACAAUGUCCAUCUGUAUACUUUGGGAUGCAAGUUUAAGUCGAGCUAAUCUGGAAAAUCGUAAUCAUGAAAUUCAAAUGCUCAAGAAGAUAUUGAAUACUUGGGAAUCGAAUGGUAUUAAUAUCAAUUUGACUGUAGUUGUUUUUCGAAAUGAACUUGAAGAACCGCGUUCAUUUAACCUACAAGUACAGGAUUAUUGGUCUAAAAUUAAUCAAUUUUUAACUAAUGUUUCAUAUGAUGGUGCAACAAAUCUAUUUCAACUGGCUACACUUUCAACUACGAUUCCGAAUGUAACACAUUAUUUUUUAUUUAGUGACUGUCUUUCAACAAUCGGCAACGAUGAACCAGCCUUUUUCAAUAAUUUGACAACAAAACCAAUAUGGAUAUUUAACGCUAAUGCUACACAUGAACCAAGUAAUUUUCCGCUGAUUAAUUAUUUAACUAAUCUUAGCAGUGGUGGCUACAUUUCGCGUGAGAAAAUCAUGGCUCAAAAUAAUGCUAUUGAUAUCGUUCAAUGGAUUGAUAGGCCACAAACAAGAUAUUUCAAUACGAAUACGAUCAAUGAUACUGAUGUUCAUGAUAUUUAUCCGAGCCAUUCAAUUACUUUAGCACCAAACACAGAACGAUUUAUACUUGUUGGGAAAAUGUCUUCGUCAACUACUGCAAAUAUUGCUGUCAAUUUUCUUAUUUCGAAUCAACUGCAUCGCAAAGAAUUGAAGAUCAAUAAAGUAGAUCCAAAAUCUGAAAAUUAUGGAUUACUACGACGAUUGUAUGCCAAACAAAUGCUAACUGAACUAACUGCAUUUCCAGAAAAGAAUAAAAAGCGUAUUCUAGAUAUUGGCUUAAAAUAUUCGAUUGUGAGUGAUUUUACAUCCAUACUUGUUCUAGAAACAUUACAACAACAUAUUCAACAUCAGAUAUGUCCACAUCAAUCACGUACAAAAUUAUAUAAUGAUUAUAUGGCCUAUCAGAAUAAUAAAAAACAGCAAGAAUCGACAAAAACCCAAACAAAACUAAAUGCUGUUUUACACUUAUGGCAAACACGGUGUACAUGGUAUGAUAAAGAAAUAACAGAUAAAGAUCGUAAAAAGGCGCUGGAAAUGAGCAGCUCUAGUGAAGAUGAUUCAUCACCUAGAAAUAGUAUGCUAUACCAGCGUAUGCCAGUACGUUCUGCUAUUGACAAUAAUUCUUAUGCAAGAAGACCUCAAGUAAUGGCGUGUAGCGCGAGCCGAACUCGCCACUUACAAUCGAUGAACUAUGACAUGUGUUAUGAAAGAUCUUCUUCACCACAAAGAUCAUAUAUGCAGUCACUCAGCAAACCAGGUGCCUCAGUAAAUAUGUCUGAUGAUGAUGAGGAAGAAAUGCAUGUUUCCAUGAGCUCUUCGAUUAAUGAAGAAUCCCAGAUUUCAAACCAACGAUCCCUUGUUGAUAGACUUGCUACUACUACUAAUAGUAAUCCUACUAGUAGUUCACAAACAAUUACUCUACAAAACUGGGAUCCGCAAACACCUUAUAUGGACAAAAUUAAAUCAAGUAAUAGUAUACAAACAGCUUAUCAAAUUUAUUUGAAUGAACGUCAAUCGUAUUCUAAAUCACCGUCAUUUUAUUUUGACAUAGCAUCUUACUUUUUCUUACAAGCUCGUUCUUCAAAUCCGCAGCAAUCAUCAAUUGAUAAAUUUAAUCAGAUCCAUUCGAUGUCUCACAGCGGUAUUUCAAAUGAAACUCCUAGUACUAAUGCUAAUUCAAAUGAAUAUGAAUAUUUUGGUUUACGUAUUCUAACAAGUGUAUUAGAAUUAGAAUUGGAAUCAUCACAAUUGUUACGAACUGUCGCUUAUAAGCUUGUUGAACUUGGACGUCAUAAUUUAGCUGAGAAUAUUUAUCGGCGUAUCGUAAAUUUGAGAUCGGAUGAGCCACAAUCCUUUCGCGAUCUAGCAUUAUUAUUACAAGAAUCGAAUUCGGAAACAAAGAAUCUUCUAGAAAUAUCAGACCUAUUUAAAAAAGUUCUAUUUGGCGAAUGGGACAAUCGUUAUGCUGAAAUUGAAGUCACAACAUUGCAUGAAUUGAAUUGUUUUGCAUUUCAAUUUUAUCCACAAAAACAAAAAAUAUUGAAUUCGAUUGAUAAUCGCCUAAUUCGUCAUUUGCCGGUCGACUUAAAAAUAGUUAUGGUUUGGGAUACGAAUGAUACCGAUGUUGAUUUGCAUGUCAUUGAACCGACAGGUGAAGAAUGCUAUUACGGACAUAAACAUACAGCUAUUGGCGGUAUGAUAAGUCGCGAUUUUACAACUGGCUACGGGCCAGAAGAGUAUUUAGUUCGAAAAGCAAUCAAUGGUACAUAUACAGUUCGAGCAAAAUAUUUUGCUAAUCAUCAGCAGAGUCUUACUGGUGCAACCACAAUUAUGGUACAUGUCUAUAAAUAUUAUGGACAAUCGAAUCAACAAAAAGAAAUUGUUACAUUAAGAUUGAGUAGUAAUCAAGAAAUGAUCGAUGUAUGCAAAGUGGAGUUUAACGAUAAUAUCAAACCAAAAUCAGACAAUAAAAUAAUGAAUAAUCAAAAUUCGAACACGAAUAUUCAUUCGCAUGUUACUUGCGAUGGAUGUGAAAUGUCACCAAUCAAAGGAGAUCGUUAUAAAUGUUUAUUUUGUCCUGAUGUUGAUUUUUGUCAAUCAUGCCAAUCGGUCAGUAGAACAACUCAUGAUCCGAAUCAUCAAUACAAUCAUCCAUUAUUAUGUAUUAAAAAUUCAGACGAAUAUUCAGAGUCAGUUUGCAUGCAUAAUCGCAGUAAGAUCAUUCACAAGAAUAGUCAAUGUAAUUCAUGUUUGACGAAGCCAAUUAUUGGCGUCCGUUACAAAUGUACUAGUGGAAUUAAUCUAUGUGAAAGGUGUGAAUUCACAGGUUUACAUGAUACAGAUCAUCGUCGUACCAAAAUAACUAAAGCAUAA